GCGAUGCAAGUGCUGGAUUGUGGUAUAUCAAGCACGAAUGCGAUCAUUAUACAUCCACCAAAUCCCCCCGCUCACUCGCUCCAUCCUCUAAUAGUAUGACCCUAGUCUCGAAUGAUCCCAGUUGGUGGCCACUCAUCAAUGGGAAUGUUAUUUUCAGCUAUUUUGCAGUUGCCGCCUCUGUUGGGGUGAUGUACGAUUGGGGUGAGCAAGACCAAGUAUAAAAGAACAACGGAUAUCCUUAUGGCAUUCUCAGUGCUUACGUUUGGACGAGAGGUUGAACUGAUCUGGAGGCAACGCUGGUCCUUGAUGACCUUUCUCUACCUCAGUGUGCGCUAUGUUGGAAUAGGAUGUGCUGUGAUGACCAUGUUAGGCGAUGUUCCAACAAUUUCGAUGACAGAUGCAGUGAGCCUAAUCAUAAACGACGGACUUAAUUGGAUGGAUGACGUUGUAAAUGUAAUACUUGGCGUCAUCAUGAUCACUCGGUUACAUGCCAUGUAUCAGCGAUCAAGAAAGGUGCUGAUAUUUCUCAUUGUCAUCUUCCUGGCGAUCAGAAUCGUCAACGCAGUGUUCAUCGCAAUAUUGACGAUGCAUAUUUCAGUGGAGGAAUUCGUUCUCUCUGGCACCUAUCAGUGCAUGUUUAGCUACACGGGGGAUUUCCUACUUCUUAGUUCCAUGACUUGGAUACUUGACACUGUAUGGGAGGUCAUUGCACUGUGUCUCGCAGUUUGGAUUGCUGUAAAGCACUUCCGUGAACUGCGACAAAACUCAACAAGAGGUAUUAUCGAUGACUGUUUCACGGUACUAAUGAAAACUCAUGUGAGUUACUUUGCGUGUAUUUUGGCAAUCUCUUGCUUCCAGAUCGGUUUGAUCUCUUCAACGCUCUCAGUGGUAUGUCGAGCUGUCACCGACUUCUACAUGCAUGCGAACAUCAUUCAUCAUUUCUAUAGGACUCAUAUUCCCUGGUCUAUCAGCUUUAUGGUGGUUUCGUUGAGAUAUUCGAGUUUGUGGGAUUGUUUGUGCUGGGACCACGCCUGAUCCUCGGUGUUCGAGAAUAUCAUGCUGAGCUCGUGGCCAACUCUGAUACGGCAACCGCUAUGACUUCAAUUGCUUUUCAGGAGCGCGUCCACGUGUCAACUGGCAGUAGUGUGUAGCGCAGGAGAUGCUCGAUGUGAUUGAUUUGCGAUGGGGGGUAGCGUGCAGGGAGUGGGAGAAUUUGUUUUUAUUUAUUCCGGGUUUUGUUGUGGUACUUAUUUAUGUACGAGUCGUAUCUUGAUAAAAGUC